AUGCGUUAUUCAUUCAUUUCGGCAUUGAUUGCCAUUAGUUCUGCCGUUCAGGCUGCUGCGCAGCUUAGCGGCAAGGUUGGGCCUUUGACUACUCGCCAAGCCAAGGCUGCCAUCAAGACCUGUAACAUCGCCAACUACGGUGCCAAGGCAAACGCCAAGACUGACAACAGCGCGGCUAUUCAGAAAGCUUGGGAUGCUUGUAAAGUCAGCGGUGGAGAAGUUGUCAUCCCGGAGGGUGAUUAUGGUCUUGGCACCUGGUUGACUCUAUCGUCCAAGACUCCCAUGUCUUUCCGUCUUGACGGAACUAUUUACCGCAUCGGUACUGGUGACGGCAACAUGUUCAUGUUCAAGCACCUGGUGGAUUUUGAGUUCUACAGCAGCACUUCGAAAGGUGCGAUCCAAGGCUAUGGAUAUGAGUUCCACAAGAAUAACAAAUACGGCCCUCGUAUACUUCGCUUCUUUGAUGUCAAGAGCUUCUCCAUGCACGACGUUGCUCUUGUUGACUCUCCUGCAUUCCACUUCUCUCUGGACACUUGCUCGAACGGAGAAGUGUAUAAUACAGUCAUUCAUGGAGGCGCACGAGGCGGUCUGGACGGUAUCGACGUCUGGGGAUCCAACAUUCACAUCCAUGACGUUGAAGUCAGCAACAAGGACGAGUGCGUCACUGUCAAGAACCCUUCUGACCAUCUUCUUAUCGAAAACGUCUUCUGCAAUUGGUCUGGCGGUUGCGCCAUGGGCUCGCUCGCCACAGAUACCAACAUCCACCAUAUCGAGUACAACAAGAUCUACACUCAGCGAUCGAACCAGAUGUACAUGUUCAAGUCGUACGGUGGAAGCGGUACCGUCUCGAAUGUCGCCCUCAAGAAUUUCCAGGGCCACUCCAACGCAUACACCCUCGAUCUCGAUGCGGAAUGGAGCUCUAUGAAGCCCAUCGCCGGCGAUGGUAUUCUGUACAGCAACAUGACUUUCUCGGGUUGGUCUGGAAGCUGCAACGAUGGUCAUCAGAGGGGGCCUGUCAAGUUCAACUGCCCCGCUGAUGUUCCCUGCGUUGACAUGAAGGUUGAUAACUUUGCCGUUGGCAGUAGCAAGGGCAGCACAGUUGAGCACGUUUGCAAGAACUCUUAUGGUUCUGGAGUCUGUUUGAAGAAAGGCAACGGCGGUGCUUACACUACAACUCAGACUGUCAACGCUCCUAGUUCCGCGACCAAGACCAUGGAUGGAGAGCUGGUCAAUGGUCUCGGCCUCACUGCUUCCAUUGCUGUCCCUACUAUCCGAUCCUCCUUCUUUCCUGGUGUUGCUGUUAUCAGCCCCCUUAUGGGUGGCUCUGCCCAGAAGGCCAAGGCUACUGCUUGA